AUUAAAACAUAUAUGUUUGUUUGGUAUUUUCAUUCAUUUAUGUUUAGAACUGUAUUGUAGUAGUUUAGAUUUGUAUUAAAAUUAACUUUUUUUUUUUUUUUGCAACAAGCAGAAACUAUAUAAUAACGAUCUGAGAUGAUGUCUGUGUGUCUAAAGAUUCUAAAGUUAUUGGCUGAAGUUCAUUAUCACUAAAUCUGUAUUGAUCGUCAAUACAUUAUGUCAGCGAAAAAAUCGGAAUCCACGGAUGUCUGCGACAGUCAGCUAGACUUACUAGCCAGGCCUAACGACAGGAGCAGGUGUCACAUGAGAGCCUUAGCAGGAUUUGUCUUUUUCAUUCUGGUUGCCACGGGAGCUUUUUGUGUGUGUGUUGUCAUCUAUUUCACAGGAGGCUAUAGAGAAAUGAUUAAUAGAUAUGAUCCUGAGACAGUAAGUGGAGAGAGGUCUGACUGCUUGAGACUCGCCAGUCAAGGAUAUAAAGAAUUAUGUGAGAAAUGCCCAGCUCCUAACACCUCUCUCAAAGGACUGCACAUGAAGCGGCAAGCGGAGCCUUGCCUGCCACUCAUCGACUAUUCAGCCAGUUCAACACCUUCAUUCAACAUACAACAAACACCAACAGUGACGCCAAAACUGACCAACUAUCGGAUCCCCACCUCCUUGUACCCUACCCAUUACAAUAUUGAAAUACAGACUUAUAUUGCUGGCGAUAACUCAGCAAAUUUCUUCUUCAAGGGCCAUGUCAAGAUUUGGUUGCGAUGUGACGAGCCCUCGGACAACGUCACACUUCACCUCAAUGGACUCACAGUGGACUAUUCAAGUCUAGGUUUCUACAGCAAGGACUUAGACCACAGUAGUCCGAACUACACGGAUUGGUCAGCAGAUAAGAAAAGAAACUUCUUUAUACUAAACCUUGACGACUUCACUGAGGCUGGUAAAACGUAUGUAAUAGAAAUGAGCUACACGUCGCCUUUUAGUAAGGAAUUAAACGGACUUUACCUCAGUUCAUACAAAGGAAAAAAUAAGAUCCACUAUCAGGCUGUAACUCAAUUUCAACCCACUGAUGCUAGAAAGACAUUCCCAUGUUUUGAUGAGCCUGCCAUAAAGUCGACCUUCAAUGUGACACUUGUACGACCAAGCGGUUUUACCUCAAUAUCUAACAUGCCUCUUAUUAACAAUUCUACAACAUUAGUGGAGGAGGGUGUGACUUAUGUUAAAGAUGUGUAUGCUCAGACCAAAAAAAUGUCAACCUACUUACUAGCAUUUGUUGUGUCAGACUUUUCCUAUAUUCAAACUACUACUAAGGAUGGAGUCCUGUGCAGAGCCUGGGCCAGACAAGAAGAAGUCUCCAAUACUGCGUAUGCUUUGAAUAUUACUACUCAAGGUUUAGCCUUCUUUGAAGAACUGUUUGGUGUUAGUUUUCCCCUACCUAAACUAGAUAUGAUAGCCUUACCAGACUUUGCUGCUGCUGGUAUGGAAAACUGGGGGCUUAUGACUUUCAGGUAAAACAGUGAAAACGCUAGAAUGAA